AUGACGACCGGACUGACAAUGGACUAUGAACCUGAUGAAACUGACUACAAACUACGCAAAUCUGCUGUUAUUGACAGAGAGCUGUCAGCGAGAUGUGUCGACAUUGCUGCCCUCCAAGAGACAAGGCUACUUGAAACUGGCUCAAUUCGCGAACAGUCUUACACCAUCUACUGGUCAGGAAAACCGUCAGGUAACCCUCACCAACAUGGUGUUGGCUUUGCUGUGAAGAACACGCUAAUCAACAACAUCGAAGGCCCCUUUGCUAUCUCUGAAAGGUUGUGCUGGCUUAGUCUGGCACUGAAGAAGUGUAACCUAUCAGUCGUGUGUGCUUAUGCACCUACUCUCUAUGCUGCACCAGAGGAUAAAGACCUGUUUUACAAUCAGCUCAGUGAUCUCCUGUCCACUAUCCCCAGCUCCAACAAGAUCCUGCUACUUGGCGAUUUCAACGCACGUGUUGGUCACGAUGAUGCCCUGUGGCCAGACUGUCUGGGCAAAUUUGGUAUUGGUCGUAUUAACGAUAAUGGACAGCGUGCUCUGGAGCUGUGUGCAAGAUUCCAGCUUUGUGUCACAAACACCUUCUUCAAGCUGAAAGACCACCAUAAGGUCAGCUGGAAACAUCCUCGCUCUAACUCCUGGCACCAACUCGACCUGGUGUUGACUAGACGGCGGGACAUCAAUGACGUCAGGAUAACUAGAGCAUAUCAUAGUGCAGAUUGUGAUACAGACCAUGCUCUUGUCCUGUCUAAACUUUGCCUUAAGAUCAAGAAAUUCCACUCUGCUAAAAAGCCUGGACAAAAAAGGAUCCUGACCUCACCUGGCACAUACUGCGAGACACCAUACACUCUGCUGCGAUCGGAACUUUUGGGUAUCGCUCCUCUAACUGCCCUGAUUGGUUUGCUGCCAACUUGGACAUCUUAA